AAGUUCAUCACGUUUUCUGCCAGAAUAGAAGAAUAAUUAUUUUUGGCCAUUUGUUGUGAGUGUGUGUUUGUGUUUUUUUUAACGAUUGUGAUACUUUGUUGAUGUUUUAUUAAUGAAGAUUUUGAAAAUGAUAACUAGUAAACGAUUAGCCUGGAAUUUUCUAAAAACAUAUUGGAGAGGUAUAUUCAGUAUAGUUUGGCCUAUAAUAUGGUCUCCAGUAUUGUUUCUUCAUUGGAAUGAUAAGGCUUAUCGAUGCUUAUAUUUGGUACUUGUAAUGGCAGGUUAUUGGGUUACUGAAUGUAUUCCAUUAGCAAUAUCUUCCACAUUGCCUAUUGUCUAUUUUCCAGCAAUGAGCAUCCUAUCUUCAAAUGAUGUAACCAGAGAAUAUUUUAAAGAAACGAAUGUAAUGUUUCUGGGUGGUAUUAUGGUUGCUUUGGCUGUUGAGCAUAGCAGAUUACAUUAUCGUAUUGCGUUAGGUUUUAUCCUUCUUGUUGGAUGUAGUCCAAGGAGAUUACAUUUUGGUGUUAUGAUGAUUACAAUGUUUGUUUCCUGCUGGAUGUCAAAUACAGCUGCUACGGCAAUGAUGUGUCCAAUUAUAAAAGCAGUUUUAGAAGAAUUAGAAAAGCAAGGUAUGGGCUCAGUGUAUAAACCACUCUCUGAUGAAGAAGCUCAACUACCAGAGGCAGAAAAACAAGCAAGACAAGUUCCGACAGAUACUACAAUGGCCUACUUUCUAGCAGCAGCAUAUUCAUCUACAAUUGGAGGAUGUGCCACCAUAGUAGGAACUGGAACAAAUUUAACAUACCGUGGAUUAUUUGAAAGACAUGAAGAGAGUUUAAAAAAUCUUACUGAUUGGAAAGAUUACAAGUCACAAGGUGUUAACUUCUCUUUAUGGAUUGUUUUUAAUGCUCCCGUAAUGAUUAUCAUAAAUGUAUUAACAUAUUUCAUAUUAGAAUACAUGUAUCUCGGUUUAUUCAGGAAAAAUUCAGAAGCGUAUGCAUUAGUACAAAAAGGUAAAGAAUUAAAAGGAACUGCAAGAGAAGUGUUGAAACAGAAGUUUAAAGAUUUGGGAACGAUCUCAUGGCAUGAGUCGUGGGUUUUGUUUUUGUUUGUACUAUGUAUACUUUUAUGGUUUUUCCGUGAUCCUGGAUUUAUGCCCGGAUUUGCACAAGCAAUUUCCAGUGUGAAAAUAGGCGAUGGAAGUGUAGCUUUCUUUAUUGUAAUAAUAAUGUUUCUCAUUCCUGCAAAACCAUAUUUUCUGAAUGCUUGUUCAAAAGAUCAAAAAGAGUGUCCAAAAUCAAGUGAACCACUAAUUACUUGGAAAUUAUUACAUCAAAAAUGUCCAUGGGGACUAAUGUUCCUUUUGGGUGGUGGUUUUGCUCUAGCAUUGGGAUCAGAAAAAUCUGGUAUGUCCACAAUGAUUGGAGAAUGGUUAAGUGCAAUGCAUGUAUUACCUGAUUGGAUAAUUAUGGCUUUGAUUGCAAUAAUCGCAUCAUUUAUGACCGAACUGUCAUCAAACGUUGCCAUUUGUAAUAUUGUUGCUCCCAUAGCUCUAUCUUUGUCCAAAAAUUUGAUGAUAGAUCCACUGUUUUUAUCUAUGCCAACUGCAAUAGCAUGUUCGUUUUCCUUCAUGUUACCAGUAGGAACUCCACCAAAUGCCGUUGCGGCAGGAUAUGUGAAUAUUCCAACAGCCCAAAUGGCAAAAGCUGGCAUUGUUGUAAGUGUGAUGGCUAUGACCGUUUAUAUUGCUGCAGUAAUGACUUAUGGUAAAUACAUCUAUAGUUGGUAAAUUUUGAAUGGUUAUGGAAAGAAAAUCCAAUGUUAAAACUGAAGUGAACUGAACUUCUUAAAAUGUUUUAUAAAGUGUUUAUAAGUAAU